GUGUUUUAAUAGAAAUAGGCUUUUUAUAGACUCACAUAGAGGAGUCUUAUCUCAGAAGAAGAACAAGAAGAGCUUUGUUUAUCUGGCAACCUCUCCUCUCUGCUGAUGGGCAGGCAGCUGAUGCAGGGGGGCAGCACCCUCCCCGCGGCACCCUAAGGAUCCUUCAGUUAGACACCGACAGGAGGAAGGAGAAGAAGAAGAAGAAGAAGAGCAGCGACGAGAGAGCCAAAGCAUCGGUAUGCCAGGCUGCGUUGCCAGCAUGGCCGUGCAGAGGGGCGCCAACCCGCCUCCGCAGCCGCCACGCAGCACAGAGAGGAGGACCGCCAAGGGGGAAGGAGCCUGGAGAGAAAACAACGCCAGAGCCGAUCCCAGGAAGGUCACAGCCGCACCAAGGCCCAACGCAGUGGCCGGUGGACCAAACUUAGACGAGAGGCUUAGAGCUGCUCGAGAAAGGAGAGAGGAGCAGCAGAGGUUACUCGCCUGGCGGGUGCAGAGCAGGCAGGAGCGCGAGCAGCGAGCCAGACGUCACUACGAGGAGCAGCUGCAGGAACGCCAGAGGAAGCUGAGGGAGCAAAAGAUCAAGGAGGAGAAACGGCGCUGCGCCGUGGAGGAGAAACGCAAACAGCGACUUCAGGAGGAGAAAGAGCGAAACGAAUGCGCCGUACGCAGGACCCAGGAGAAGAGCCAAAAAGCCCAGCAGAACUUUGGUCAGAACCUGAGAGGCAGGAAGUCCACCAAGAACGUUCCUCGUCACUUAGCCCUCAGCCAGUGGGAGAAGAAGCUGGUGAGUCGCCUCCUAACCCCUACCAGCUCUUACCUGGCCCGAAGCAAGAGCUCUGAUUGCCAGUCAGGACAAGAAGUUCUCCAUAUUUGUCGUCGUGCAGUUUCAUUUUACUCCACGACCAGCUCUGGCAGCACCCCGCAGAGACCCCAAGACCAAAAGAGGACUCACAGCCAGAGACCCCAGGAACAGAAACCCCAGAACCAGAGACCACAGGAACAGAAACCCCAGAACCCGAGACCACAGAACCAGAGACCACAGGAACAGAGACCACAGAACCAGAGACCACAGAACCAGAGACUGUCACCCUCCCCGAGUCCCAGCCACAGCCAGACCAGAAGCACCAACCAUAGACAGCUUAAAACAGCCACCCAGCAUGAUGCUAACAAGAGGAACCAAAACGUGGGCCUGAACGUCCGUUCAGCAGCCAAGGAAACAACCAGAACCGCAUCAUCACCGUCCCCAGAACAGUCUCGUAGAAGAUCCAGCCGGCGCCAUUCUAUCCCUCUCCAACUGGACCUGCCCUCAGUUCCGGAGGAAGAUGUUCCCAUCUGCAACUCUGCCUUGUCGCCUGGAAACUCCAGGCCGCUCAGGAUCGAAGAUCCACAUCAAGACAUAAUACAGGAUUCUCCAGAGACCAAUUCGGAUCUGCUUAGCUUUGAGGCAGAACUUGAGAGCAGAACCGCAGGAGAUGGAAGUCCUGCUAAGAUUCCUCCUAAUCUACCGGAGGUCCAGCUCAGGCCCUCAGCCGGUACCACCAACCCAGUCGAAGCCUCUCGCCUCCUGGCUGAAAAGAGACGUGAGGCGAGGAUGCUCAGAGAGCGAGAGGAGCAGGAUCGCGUGCAAGCGGCCGAAGCGGAAACGCGCGGUCGAGCAGAACUGGAACGCCGCAGGGCCGAAGCUCAGCGUCUCAUCGCCGAUAAAAGGAGGCGGGAGGAAGAGGAGCACAGGCGAGCGGUGGAGGAGAGAGCCCAGGCCAUGAGGGAAGCGGCUCUUCUGCACAAACAGAGGGAGGAGGAACAAGCAAGAGAGCGGGAAAAAGCUGCCCAGUUGACAAAGGAGCGAGAGCUGCUCGCCCGAAAAGAAGAGGCAGAACGCCAAGUCAGAAAGAAGCGACUGGAGGAGAUCAUGCGGAGGACUAGAAGAACAUCUUCUCCUGACACGCCUCAGAAAUCAGCCACGGUGAGCAUCUUACCGAAAGAGAACUCGGAGCUCCCUGUGCACGGCAACGCCAUCAAGGAUCCCGGAUCCCGACCCCCGCAGCUGGUGUUGGACCGUGACGACGGCGAGGACAUGGUGGUGCCCGUUGUGGCCUUCAGGGAGCGAAGGUCCCUCAGGACACUGGCGAGCCUGGAAGACAUCCAGACGCACCAACGAGCGGAGGUCAUCUGAGUGCCUGCAAAGAUGGAGGGCGACACGGCAACGAUGACAACUUUUGCUGCGUGGAAAAAUCACCGCUAUACGCUUCUUCUGUGAGGACGGGACAAUGAUGCUAACGUGUCAUGUUAACGACGUUAACGAAUCCUUUAAGAGUCGAUUUAGCACGGCAGGUUUAUGACUUAAUAAGAGCAUAUUUUUAGACUCCAUGAAAUAUCUGUUUCAAUAAUUAAUAAUAUCAAAUAAUUUCUUGCUCUUUUUGCCAUAAACAGAAAUCAUGUCAUAUUUUUAAGCUGCUACACAAUUUAUAAAGUAGUUUCCCAAAGAUUAUUUGCUUAUAGAGUAGCGUCGGAGAAUAUAUUUGCACUUAAGUGCUUUGCUUAAUUAUAAUAUGCAAUUGUUACCAAGGCGACAAGUGGUAGUUAAUGAUUAUUAUCAUUAUUACAUAAAGGCGUAUGAAACAAAUCAGCAUUUAAUUAACUUCAUUGCCUAUUUUUGUCACAUGUUUGAUUUGUCGAUUAAUUCAUUUAAUUGCCGAAUGUCUUUGUUUUUCAUUUGUUUGUAAAUUUUAAAUUAAAGUCACUUCAUGAAUUGGA